CUUAAUAAAACAAAAGGCAAACCUAAAAAUACUUGAAAUAUCAAGCCUUGAAAACGCUCUACAACAAUAUGUACAGUGCCAGCUCAAGGAUGAUUUUUUUUAACUCUAGUUUUUUGGGUCUUACAGUGGGCGUUACACAGUUAAUGUGUGAAGAAAUACGAAGAAUUCGAAUUAAACUCAGUUUUUGCAUGCUUCUUCUUCAAGGAAAGUUGGAUAUUCAUUCCAGUGAGGCCAGCCCGAGAUCCCGCCGUGCGGCCGCUGGACAUCCAACAAACAGCAGUAACGACCAAAGCAACGACCUCCUGAAAAUAAGAAACGAGAUCCAAAGUCAGUUUGAGAAGAUAAGAAAAGAGAACAAUCGUGUUUGCACAUCUCCUCUUGGUUCGAUUUGCCUUCGUGGUCCCCCUGGAGAACCUGGGUUCAAGGGGGAAAAGGGCGAUUCGGGCGACAUUGGAGGGUUAGGCCCCCCGGGGGCUAAAGGGCAGAAAGGAGAGAGAGGAGCCCAAGGAUAUCCAGGAGUGCCUGGAGAGUCGACGGUGAAUGAUAACAAGGAGGGGUCCCCACAGGUGCUUGUGUCUCCUUCGAUUUUGACAGUGAAUGAAAACCAGACGGCGAGGUUCCAUUGUGCUGCUACAGGUGACCCGACGCCUGUUGUUACAUGGCGGAAGGAAGGAGAGGUACUCAAAGGUGGCGCCAAAUACCACGUGCUGCAAGAUGGUGGGCUAACCAUAAAAAAUGUCCAAUACAACGACAGCGGUGUUUACGAAUGUGUAGCGAGGACAAGUGUGAAACGAGCCGAGGCCUUCACGAAACUUGUCGUCCGAGGGACACCUCAAAUCAAACCAUUAACUCAGCGCUCAGUUUACGUCAUCGACGGAAAUGACGUCACAUUCCCUAUGUGCAUCGCGACGGGCUUUCCGUCACCGAUCAUCACGUGGUCUCGACUCUUCCAUAGUCUGCCAGAGAGACGCACUCAUUCAUACGAUGGAAAUCUGACUAUGGUUAACGCCACAGCAGAUGAUUCUGGAAUGUACUCGUGUGAAGCUGCGAAUGCUAUCGGCAGCGCCCGAGAAAUGAUGCAACUGAUGGUUUUAACACUCCCUCAGUUCACUGUAAAACCACCAAAGGAACUCGUAGGCAACACAGGCGAUGUACUGACGAUUGACUGCAUGGCAAAGGGAGACCGAACUUUGUUUGUGACGUGGAGUCGCGAGUACGCUGACCUUCCUGAGCGGAGGGCGACUGUAGGAAACGAUGGGACCUUGACAAUCACUCAGCUGGCCCCAGUGGAUGCUGGGAAGUAUAUUUGUACUGCGACAAGCUUGGGAGGAGCCAUAAAAAUUACUGCUGAAGUGAAUCUCGCAGUUUUUCAGAAGGGUUUGAAGGAGGGCAUUUGCCCGAUUCCUCUCCCGGUCGAAGAUUGCGGAGAUGAGACUGAUGACGAGUGUACUCUGGAUUCAGAUUGUUUUGGUGAAAUGAAGUGCUGUUCGGAUUCCUGUCAGAAGCUGUGUGUUCAGCCUCCACAAACGAGAGGGUGCGAUGACAUCCUUUAUGCGGGCUACAACACGAGUGGUGUUUAUAUCAUCAACCCUGACAGGAAAACAGAUUUUGAUGUCUACUGCGACCUAGAGACAGAGAGUGGAGGAUGGAUUGUGUUCCAAAGGCGAAUGGAUGCUUCUGUCAGCUUCCAUCGCACCUGGAUUGACUAUAAAUCAGGUUUCGGAGACCAUGAAGGGAAUUUCUGGCUAGGAAACGACAAAAUUCAUCGACUCACCGCGGCAUAUGAUAUGUCGCUGCGAAUCGAGCUGGAGGAUUGGAGUGGAAAGAAAGUUUUCGCUCAUUACGACGUCUUCAAGGUAGAAAACGAAAUGAACAACUACAAGAUCACAGUCAGCGGUUACAAUGGUACAUCCGGGGAUUCUUUAAGUUACCAUAACAACAUGAUGUUCAGCACGAGAGACAAGGAUAAUGACAUGUGGAAGACCGGGAGCUGUUCAGAUGACUUGACUGGGGGAUGGUGGUUUAACGAUUGUCACAACUCGAAUUUGAACGGACAGUUCAUGGGGAACACAAAAGCUUACAGUGGUAUUGGCUGGGUUCGAUUUAAACAUAACCUUUCCUUGAAGUUUGUGGAAAUGAAAAUGAGGGCGCAGUCGUUCCUUAAAGAAAAAGUGGAUGAAAGGAUGGAGUAAGACAAAUUUUAUUUUGUAAAAAUUCAUCAGACGGUUUUGAAUGCAUUUAUAAAGUAUUUCUUUCAAAAAGAAUUUUGACACGUAACUGUUUCAUAAGAGCUAGGCCGCUAAAUCUUGAGUUAGAUAACUAACAUUGUUAUAUACGUAGACUUUUACUUAAAAAAACGAGUACUGUGAUUGGUUGAUUCUUUGUCACGUGCUCCUGAUCAAAUUCAAAUGUAUCCCGACCGGGAUACAAUUGCGCAGUCGUUACCCGCGCGUUGAAUACAAUAGUAUGUUUUUGCCAUAUGAUUGUAUAAGAGAAAGUCUUAAUAAUUAACAAAGCACUUAAUGUAUGGUCUCUCGGGAAGCUAGUUUGUUUUGUUUUUACUGGCGUCCUGAUUUUUCUCUCGAAUUCGUCUCGAUAAAUUCAAAGGCUUGUUUAAAACUUCCAGACCCGUUUCUUCGAACCCAGAGAUAGAUACAAUGCUAACCUUGAUUUCUCGGUCCGUUCUGUAAGUUACAGAAUAUCCAUUUUUUCCGCGUGGAUUUAUAGCCCGCGCGUAUCUUGCAUAGGCCAUAUAUCCGAGUGGAAAAACCUCGGUUUGUAAGAGGUAUGUAACAUAUUAGAGUAAAGAAUAGGUAGUGUUUACUGAACAUGUUACAAACAGGUGUUUCAUCCAUGAACUAAACAUUUCACCACUUUUUAGGAUAUAAUAAAUAGCAAGAAAUGAAAAAAAAUACGCGUUAGCUUUCAUAUGAAUGGUCAAACGCUAUUGUUUCAUCAACAGACCUUUAGUUAGCAAUUCUUCGUAAUGCUUGAUAAACAGUGUCACAUUAAAGAAGUGCUCGUCAACUAUCAUU